AAUGGCGUCACUUCUCAAAUUUGCUACUAAAUGCGCUAUUGGUGGGGGUGCAGUUUACGUAACUUUAGAAGAAGGCGUAUGGAGUUCAAGUAAUCAAGGCUCCAAAGCACUUGCGACAGUACGGACUAACGUGAUUCCCACGGCAGCAGAAUAUUUUGAGAAACUGAAAGAAAGGGCUGAUGUUCGAACAUCCGUUGCCACAUCUUGGAAUUUCGGGGUACAAAAAACGUUUUCGGCUCUCCUUGCUGCUCCAGAAACGGUCCAGAUAUACUCAGUCAAGGGAUACAACUACGUCAGGACAUCUAUGGAACGUUAAUAACAGACAAAAUGAACUUAAGACUCUCACUGUGUUGAGACAUUUGGUGAUUUCUAUGGAAAGUGCUAGAAUGCAAAUUUUCAAGUGGGAAUGCUCAGAGUUAGGACGCGUCUCGAAAACCUCCAGAAAUUUAUUUGUCUUUUUUUCAUGAAGGCAGGAUUUCUGCCAGUGGGGGUGGGACAGGGGUACACAUACCAUACAGUUUAAGAGAGUACUUUCACUAAGUGAUGAAUUUGACUUGAGAUGUGUGCAUAGAUUAUUGUUAUUUAUAAGUAAAAAUAAAUAGAGAUAAAUCUGA